GAGAAGCCUCCGCCCCUGGCCCCAGGCGCCCAUUAAUACCGCGCCCGCACUGCGCCCCGCGCUCGCUCCCCAUGCCCGCGCCUCGCCGCGCGCGCGCUGCCAGUGCCAGUGCCAGUGCCAACCAUGCUCGGCGCGGCGCUCCGGCUCCGCCUCCGCGUGCUCCGCCGCCGCUGCCUCCGGGGCCAGCGGCGCCGCAGGCGCACCCGUGGGGGGAGAGCGGCUGUGGAGGGCGGGGGGCGGGAGCCCGUGCUGCUGGUGUCCGGGAUGGGCGGGUCGGUGCUGCACGCGCGCCGGCGGUCCAACCCCAAGUUCGACCUCCGGGUCUGGGUGCGCAUCCUCUUCGCCAACCUCGACUUCAAGAAGUACCUCUGGUCGCUCUACAACGCGGACACCGGGUACGUGGAGCCGUUGGACGACGACGUGGAGAUUGUCGUGCCGGAGGACGAUCACGGGCUGUACGCCAUCGACGUUCUUGAUCCUUCCUGGUUUGUAGAACUUGUCCAUCUGACUAUGGUGUAUCACUUCCACGAUAUGAUCGAUAUGCUCAUUAACUGUGGAUACGAGAAAGGGACCACACUAUUUGGAUAUGGUUAUGAUUUUCGUCAAAGCAACAGGAUAGACAAAGCGAUGGCUGGUUUGAGAACAAAACUCAAAACUGCUUAUAAGACCUCUGGAGGGAAAAAGGUUAACAUAAUCUCACAUUCUAUGGGUGGAUUGCUAGUGCGCUGCUUCAUGUCUAUGAAUCAUGAUGUAUUCUCAAAAUAUGUAAACAAAUGGAUUUGCAUUGCUUGUCCAUUUCAAGGUGCCCCAGGAUGUAUCAAUGAUUCUCUCCUUACUGGGCUGCAGUUUGUUUAUGGUUUUGAGAGCUUCUUUUUUGUUUCUCGAUGGGCAAUGCACCAACUGCUUGUUGAAUGCCCAGCUAUCUAUGAAAUGUUACCCAAUCUGAACUUCAAUUGGAAGGAAAAACCAAUUAUUCAGGUUUGGCGUAAGAACCCUGAAAAGGAUGGAACGGUGGAGCUAGUUCUAUAUGAAGCAAGUGAUUGUGUAUCCUUGUUCGAAGAAGCACUAAGAAACAAUGAGCUCACGUAUAACGGGAAGAAAGUAGCGCUGCCAUUCAAUAUGUCCGUUUUCAAAUGGGCCACUGAGACUCGCCGAAUUCUAGACAAUGCUGAACUACCAGAUACUGUGAGUUUCUACAACAUAUAUGGGAGAUCUUAUGACACUCCAUAUAAUGUAUGGCCUGUAGGUUAUCAAUAUAUGAGGUUAAGGUAGGGAAACUUUAGUAUCUGACAUGAAUUCGGAUGGUAAUCUAGUAAUCUAUAAAUAUUGAAUAUGAUUUGAAGAAAUGAGGCAGUUUCUUGUCAAUCUGUUUGAAAAGAUAUACGACCAUUCUAGAUCCAAAGAUGGAGAUCCGGAUAACAUUUUCUUUUGUGAGGAUACAUCGUACUUCAGAUUAGGUGAGAAUACUCUACUGACGAGUCUGACAACUGAUACAUGCGAUUUUGUUCUUCUGUCAGCUAUGGCUCUGAAAGCUCCCCGAUUGGAGAUUUGUCAGAAGUGUGUCACACAGUGGUACUGUACCCUCUUGCUUGAAAGUUUAAACUCAUCAGGGUCUAGUUGUAUACCUUCAAUGGCUGUUCACAGUAAUAUGAAACCGGGACUUCCUCUUUUCAGCCAGCAUACACGUAUGUGGAUGGUGAUUGCACAGUUCCUAUUGAAUCUGCAAUGGUAAGUUGAUAACCAUCCUGCACCAUGCCUGUGCCACGAGUAUGCUAAGCACUGCAUUCCUUGUUUUGUUAAAGACGCCUAGUACUACAUGAACCUGUAAAAAUGCUAGACCAAAAUAUCAAAAGUGGGUUCCAUAAAAAAAUGUCAAAAGUGAAACUGUAGCAGUUUCAGGUGUACACCAAGGUUGCACAAGAGCAGUAUACACACCCCAGCGCCAGGAGUGAACAUACCCAAGCAGUAGUUCAUAUUCUUUCAAGUGCCUUUUAGUUCAUUUGG